AUGGACGCUCGCCCAACAGCAACUUCUCAACCAACUCAAAAGAAACCAAAUGGUUAUGACUUUUUGAGAGAGCUGCUCGAAGAAAACCAGGAAGACCAAUCUAACGCCACUCUUCACCGUACACCACGAGCUGAAAACGUCGCCCGUCCAAAUGCAACCGGACCUGCUAAUCAAAAUGACCCUUCGUCUCAGCCAAAUCGAGCUGAAGCCCUCGCACUGAACCGCAUUUUCUCAUGGAGUGAUGCAGGACCUGGUGCCCAUCCUCGCAACGACCGGCCACCAAUUGCUGCCGCUCCAAUCAACCACUCCGCUCCGCUCAAUCUGGCCAACCGACGCAAUCGGACACGUCCGUUCAACUUGACAGAAGCUCAAAAAGAGGACACUGCCGCCAUGAAAAAAUUGAGGAAAAUGAACAAGGUUGAUCCUCAUCUUCAUCAGAGUGGUCGUGGCGCUCGAAGCCGGUCUCGAAAUGAGCCUUAUUAUCCAGAGGCCGAUAAGCUCUUCCUUCCAGUUGGAAAAAAUGGAUUUGAGCAAUACAACUAUCUACAGUGGAAUAAGAGACACGUGCUUCAAUGGGCAAAGAUGUUUAUCACGGACAAAAAGCAUCUCGCCUUUAUCGAAGAGUCUCGAGUAAAUGGGAAAAAAAUUGAAUAUUUUCUGAAUUCGAAGGAUACUGAAGGACUGGACCAGGACCUUCGACAGACCCUCAUGGAGCAUUUAAACAAGGUGAGAAACACCUAUCAAAAAUCUUGCUCGUAA